CCCCAUGGACCCCCUGAAGCGGUCCCCUCCCCCCUGCCCUUCCCCAAGGCCCUCCAGUCCCAGGACCCAACCCUGUGAGAUGCUGGGCCACGUGGGCAUCGAGACUGUGCUGGACCAGCUGAAGAUCAAGGCCAUGAAGACGGGGUUCGAGUUCAACAUCAUGGUGGUAGGGCAGACCGGGCUGGGCAAGUCCACGAUGGUGAACACACUGUUCAGGUCCAAGGUGUGGAAGUCAACCCAUCCAGGCACGGGGGUGUCCAUGCCCCAGACGCUGCAGUUACACUCAGAGACUCAUGUCAUUGAGGAGAAGGGCGUGAAGCUGAAGCUGACAGUGACCGACACGCCCGGCUUUGGGGACCAGAUCAACAACGAUAAGUGCUGGGAACCCAUCCUGGGCUACAUCAACGAGCAGUAUGAGCGGUACCUGCAGGAGGAGCUGCUCAUCACCCGCCAGCGCCAUAUCCCCGACACGCGUGUGCACUGCUGUGUGUACUUUGUGCCUCCCACCGGGCACUGCCUGCGGCCCCUGGACAUUGAGCUGCUGCAGCGGCUGUGCCGGACCGUGAACGUGGUGCCUGUGAUCGCCCGGGCUGACAGCCUGACCAUUGAGGAGCGAGAGGUCUUCAGGAACAGGAUCCAGCAGAACCUGAAGACGCACUGCAUUGAAGUGUACCCUCAGAAGUGCUUUGAUGAAGACAUCAACGACAGGAUCCUCAACAGCAAGAUCCGGGACCGGAUCCCCUUUGCUGUGGUCGGGGCUGACCGCGAGCACCUGGUGGAUGGGAGGUGCGUCCUGGGCCGUAAGACCAAGUGGGGUGUCAUUGAAGUGGAGAACAUGGCACACUGCGAGUUUCCACUCCUGAGAGAUCUACUCAUCCGCUCCCACCUCCAGGACCUGAAGGACAUCACCCACAACGUGCACUACGAGAACUAUCGCGUCGGCAGACUCAAUGCUAGCCACCUGUUGCCCCGCGGGCCCGGCUGGGUGAACCUGGCCCCGGCCACUCCAGAACAGCUGACCAGCCCCCGGCCCCUGAGGGCCUGCAGGCGGCCCCACGAUGACUCAGAGGAGGAGUCAGGACUCUCCAUGGCCAACCCCAGGCCUGCCAGCUCCUGAGUCCCCGGCAGUCCCGGCACACACCUGUGCACCAGAGCAUCU